AUGGAAGUUUAUUCGUCAUUCUAUUGCGGUCAAGAUGUACGCAUUUUACGAGAUGGCUUUCUUAAGUUCCGCAAUGACCUCAUGACUGAGUUUGAAAUAGAUGCUUAUGAUUAUGUUUCAAUAAGUUCUAUCUCAAACAAACUCUUUGAGAAGAGAGUAUAUUGGAAGAACGGUAAUCUCUUUGAUCUUGCAGGAAAACCUCGUGAAUAUAUUUCCAAGUGUAUUCAAGGAGGAAGAUGCAUGCUAGCUGAGAACAAGAAGCAAUACAAUGAAGGAGAACUCAUCACUGACUUCGAUGCUGUAUCAUUGUAUCCAUCAGCAAUUGCUAGACUUUACUGUUUAGAAGGAAUUCCAAAAGUUAUGACAGAAGAGAUGAAGAGCAGUGAAUACUUGUUGGAGCAUCUCUUUGAUGAUGACCAAGCUGAACCAACAAAGGAAAAGUUCAUCUCAGGAUUUUACUGUCAGAUCGAGAUCUUGUCGAUCGGUAAGAACUCAGCAUUCCCAUUGAUUGUCGUCAAUCCUGACAUCAACCCUGACUUACAUGUUGCCAGAAGUUCCAAUACAUGCUGCAAGAUGUUCGUAGACCACAUUACGCUUCAAGAUCUGAUCAAGUUCCAAGAGAUCUCAUGCAAAGUCAUUGAUGGAUACUAUUAUGAUGGAAAAAGGGACAUGACAAUAAGGAAUGAAGUUAAGAAGCUCUUCGAAUUACGUGCUAAGUAUAAGAAGGAAGGUAAUCCGAUACAAGAGAUCAUCAAACUUCUUUUGAACAGUAUCUAUGGUAAGACGAUAUUAAAGCCCAUUGACAAAAAGAUUCGUUUCAUCAAGGACAAUAAGCUCACUGACUAUAUCAUUAAGAACUAUAAUGACAUACAGACAAUAGAGUUCAUCCCCGAUUCCGAACUUUCAUGUGUAAAGUCAUUUAAACCUAUCGUUCGUCACUUUAACUAUUGUCCAUUAGGUGUUUCAAUCCUUUCUAUGUCCAAACGAAUCAUGAAUGAAGUAUUCUUCACAGCAGAAGAUUUGGGCUUGAAGUUGUUCUAUCAGGAUACAGAUAGUUUACACUUGUAUGAGAAGGACUUAGAUAAGUUAGCAGAAGAAUACAAGAGAAGGUAUAACAGAGAACUCAUUGGAAAAGCACUGGGUCAAUUUCAUUCAGACUUUGCAGAGAUUACUGCAGGACAUAUGUCUAAGGCACAAAGAUCUAUAUUCGUUGGAAAGAAGACUUACCUCGACGAAUUAACCAAUGACCUCAAGGAAAUUGCUUUCCACUGUCGAAUGAAGGGAAUCACACAGGACGUAAUUGCACUUACUGCAAACCAAAUGUUCCCAGAUGCGAUACAAGUACAUUAUGA